AGCCUAUCAGAGGCCGAGUCUGAAGUUGUUACAUGUGCAGUGUUGCGAGUGGGUGAGUGACAGCGGUAGGACAGGGAAGAUGCCGGUGGAGCUGCAGGAAUGGAGCGGGCCGCUGGCCCUGAACGAAGUGGAAGAGAAGCCGGAGCAGCCCCUCGCCGUCAAAUAUGACACCGUGGAAAUCGAUGCGCUGGGCAAAGUGCUGACCCCGACCCAGGUGCAGAACUGUCCAGUCAGCAUUAACUGGCCUGGUUGCAGUGCAGACAAGCUCUACACUCUGGUUCUAACUGACCCAGAUGCCCCAAGUAGGAAGGCACCAAAAUUUAGGGAAUGGCAUCAUUUUGUUGUAGUUAACAUGAAAGGAAAUGAUAUUAAAAGUGGCGAGAUUCUUUCUGACUAUGUUGGCUCUGGCCCUCCUCAAGGAACUGGCCUUCACCGCUAUGUCUGGCUGGUUUAUGAACAAUCCAAACCUCUGCAGUGCAAUGAGCCACGAUUGACCAACCGGUCAGGUGAUAAGCGUGGGAAAUUCAAAACUACUGAUUUCUGUAAGAAGUACAAUUUGGGUUCACCAGUGGCUGGGACCUGUUACCAGGCUGAAUGGGAUAACUAUGUGCCUAAACUCUAUGAACAGUUGGCUGGAAAGUGAAAAGUUGCAAGCUUCUAAACGACAUUCUCUUUCUCUUUCCCCCCCCCCCCCCCCCCCCCCCCCAGUGUUAACAAAUGUGUAUUUGCUUGUGACUAAUGUCAUUAGUAUUACUUGUAUGUACAGCUUCUGAAAUGGCAACCAGCUUGCUUUUGGCUCUAAAAUAAAAAAAUCAGUGGA